AUUUAAGCUUCGGCAGGCUUUUGCUUCGGGGAGAUACAUGGCGAAGCCAUUGUUGACUCUUGAUAGUGGCACUACCUGCUCUUCCUGGAAUUACUGUGGUGAGAGACUUGCUGCUGGUUCCGCCGAUGGAACGCUUUCCAUCUUCGAUUUUCGCGACCCAGCCUGCUCUUCCUCCCUCCGAUCCACUUUCAAAUCUAAGAUUCAUGAAGGAAACAUAGUGAAGGUUGUUUGGCUUCCUCCAGAAUAUGGCGAUGCAAUUGCAUGUAUUUUUGCCGGUGGAAUUAUGUCUUUGUGGGAGGAAGUUGCAGAAGACUCUCAACCUUUUCAAUGGAAGAUGUGCAAAAGCUUUGGAAGCAGUUCGAGCAAAGUCCUUGAUAUUCAGUUUGGAAUCUCUUUGACUAUUUUGAAAAUGGUGGCUGCCUAUUCAGAUGGUUAUGUGAGAGUGUAUGAGCUCCUGGAUCCAUUGGAGUUGAAAAGUUGGCAGCUUCAGGCUGAAUUUCAGAAUGUUAUUGACUCCGUGUCGGCAUUUGGGAAGGCUACAUGCUUAUCUGCAUCCAUAUCGUGGAAUCCACAGAAAGGUGGAAGUCAGGAAUCCAGCUUUAUUAUAGGUUACAAUUCAAAUACAUCAGAGCUUAAUUCUUCCAAGGUAUGGGAAUUUGAUCAGGCUCAUCAAAGAUGGCUUCCAGUGGCAGAACUGGCGCUGCCUGAAGACAAGGGUGAUCAGGUUUAUGCUGUUGCAUGGGCUCCAAACAUUGGCAGGCCGUAUGAGACAAUUGCGGUUGCAACUCACAGGGGACUUGCAAUAUGGCAGCUUGGAUUGAAUCCUGAUCAUGAUGGGAUACUCCCAGUUGACAGAAUUGUACUCUUGUCAGGACAUGAGGGCCAGGUGUGGCAGGUGGAAUGGGAUAUGAGUGGAAUGACUUUGGCUACUACAGGCCAUGAUGGAAUGGUUCGGUUGUGGCAGUCUAACCUCAAUGGUGUUUGGCAUCAGCAGGCUGCUUUUCAGCCCACCUCUUAGUCUUUUUACUUCUCUUGACCAUUUCCAUGCGGUAAACAAGUCUCUUCAGAUUCUCUGGGCUCUUGGGAGAUGCUCAAAAGAGCUAAGCAUCAUUAAUUAUCAUUGCUUGCGCCUUAAAAGCACAUUCCAUUUGGGUUAAGUUCUUGAGGAAAGUGACUAAAUCUCCUCCCCUCAUAAGAAGAAAAAGGUGUAGUAUGUGCACUAGCUUCUUUGACGUGGAAGCUAUGUUGUCUUGAUAUCUCCGAAGCCGAAAUGUCCCACUGUUUGUAUAAUUAUAUUUAAUGAGAUGCUAACCUUUUGGAAGUGAGUCUUGAAAAGUUGUGCCUUUGUUGGUAUUUUUUGAUC